AUGCAGCAGCUAUCAGGAACCUGGAAUCUAAGCCAAGAUCUCAUGGCCCCAAAAGGCUACGAGGCCAUCUGCCAGGCCGAGCCAUCCGACAAAGUCAACAGCAACGGCUACCACACCCUCGAGGACGACUUCUUAUACGACUGCAGCGAGUGGGACGACUGCCGAAGCGGCAAGAGGACACCCCCUCUUCGCUCCAGCCUCGACUACGAGCGGGGGGAUGAGGAAGCCGCAGGAGCGCCUACCACCAUGAGCAACCUCGGCGAGUGGGACAGGGACUACUCCAACGCAUGGGACUACGCAUCUCUGGCGGACCAGGCGAGGAGGAGGAGUGGUACCGUUUCGAGCAGCGGGAGCAACAGCACCAUCGGCUCCGGCAGCAGCAACCCCAGCCCGGCCACCAAGACUGAAAAGACUUUUGGUGACGAGGCCGACUACUCGCAGAGCAGCAGCAGCAGCAGCAGCAGCAGUAGUAGUAGUAACCGAAGCAGUGGCGGAGGUUUCUGGAGCUUUUUCGGCAGAGCCAGGUCGCAAGAGGCCAAUGUAGAGUCGUUGAGGGGGGCUACGGCUUGA